AAGAGAAAAAUAAUAUGUCGAUACAAAAUUGUGCAUUUAUUUCAAUUUCCAAAGUCUUCCACGACCUUUGAGUUUACUUCAAAGUCUUCCAUGAUACUAAUAGCUUAUCUUCAUUUCUGAUUUUAUAAAAUCAACUGCUUUCUUUCCCAUCAGAACCCAUCACUUCAUCAUAACAACCCAUCUUUUCACAUCCUUCUUUUUUUCUAAACUAAACUGAAUUCCGGUUGAUAAUGGGGAAUCAAUGGGGUUUCAGGCUCCAUCUCAUUUUCAUAAGUAUUUUUUUGUGUGCAACCACUUAUACAUGUUUGGGUUUUAAUAAUACGAGUGUAAUUUGCCCUGAGCAAGAGCGAUUUGCUCUUCUGAAGUUCAAAGAGAGCGUCCAAGAUGACUUUGGAAUGUUGUCAUCAUGGGUUGGCAAUGACUGUUGCAGGUGGGGAAGAAUCCAGUGUGACCCUGUCACUGGACACGUGGAAAGACUUCAUCUCAGAGGAGAUUGGGAUGAUGAAUUUCUUCCUCAAACGCUAUACUUAGUUGGAAAUGAGGGUUUUGGGGUGUUAUUGGAGUUUUGUUGUUCAAGAAGCAGUGGAGACAAAAGCUUUUCAUGUUUGCUGAGGAAACCAUAAACAAUAUAUACAUUGCAGUGGUGGUAAGAGUUGUCAAGAUGAAGAGACGAGGAGAAGCCUUAUAGAUAAUCUGCAAUAAAAGUAAUUAUUGAGUAUAUACUAUAAGUAAUGAUUUAAUUACUUUAUGUUUCUACUACUGUGCUUAUUUAUACUACUAUUUGUAUUUUAUAUCUGUAUGAUAUUUGUAUCAUGGGUUGUUUAAAGUAUAUAAUUUGAAAUUUUUGUUGGAUUUGAUA